AUGUCCGAACAAGACGAUGCCGCUUCUGUCUCGGCUUCUCAGAAGUCAACGCACGCAACGUCCAUGAUGGACGACAUCGCUAGAGAUGGUCUCACACCGCACCAUCUCGAGUCUCUGUACACCGAUCUGCCAUCCGACGCCACAGCCCUGAAAGCCAUCGUGGGCACCAUGAGGCUCGAACUGUCCAAAAAGCAUCAGUCCAUCCUCCAGCUCAAGGACGAGAUGGACCAGGUCAAAGCAUCGCACUCGGUCAUCUUGCAGCGAUCCGCAGAAUGGCAGGACGAGCUGGAAACGCUCCGCCUGCGCGUUCCACAGCUCGAACAAGAGCUGCGUACAGAAAAACACGCAAGGGAAGCCGAGUCGGACCGCGUCAAAGAUCUGCGCAUCAGAGCAGAAGAGAGCCGCCGCGCCAUCAUGAGGCUUCAGGGAGAGCAAUCCGACGCUCGUGCCAAGGCCAAAGUCGACAACCGUCGCAGCUGGGUCUCUGCUACUACCAAUCCACCGCCCGUGCGCGAUGAACUCCAAGACGCCGAGCUGAAAAAGUCGAAGCGCGCAAGCUUGGUUUUCGGCCCCAACGCCCUCAACCUCAACACUGCCAACCGUCCUACGAGUGCGGCAGGCGCCGUUCCCAGUCAUCGACGCACAGCCAGUGGCAGUCGAAGUGUCUCUGGCGCAUCCAAGCCCGACGUCGACGAGGCCGAAGAGCCAUUGAGCCCCACCUUGACCAACGGCCUACGCGGGUUGCGACUCUCAGGCACCACAGGCACCACAGGCACCACAGGCACCACAGGCACCAAUCCAGCGUACAACUCUCUGCUUUUGCCCGUCGCAGCCGAAGAACACGGCGGCUCGGCGCCCAAUUCGCGUCGCAGCUCGUGGCUCAGCGACUCGGGCAAGUCGCCAAGGCUCUCUCCCGCCGACCUGGCUGCGCCCUCAGAGUCGAACGACACGGCUGCUUCAUCUGCUUCGCGUCUCUCGGUUCCGGCGUCGGUCUCUGGCGCUCAGCGUUGCUUGCUCAGCUCGCCUGCACUCUCCCAAGGCGCCGCGAGCUCCAUCGGUGUUGGCUCGCCCAUCAUGGAAGACAACGAAGAAGAAGAAGCUGCCAACUCGAUCAUCACCGCCACCGCCACCGCCACCGCCACCGUCUCGAAAGCGCUGCCUACGCUACCUUGUAGAGAAUCCUCGAUCAACUUGCAGGCGUACGACCGCGAGCUGCGCGCAAAGGAGGUGCAUAUCGAACGCCUGACACGCGAGAUGACCGAGAUGCGUCUUUCCAUGGAAGAGGCGAUCGAAGCGAGGAAGGCGAGCGAAGCGUGUCUCAAGGCGCUCCGUGAUUUUAUUGCCACCCACGACGCCGAGGCGGAUACAGGCGAGAGACAGAUGGGCGAUCAUGCGGAUCGGAUCGUGCAGCGUGCCAGCUUUGGCGCUGGUUUGUUGAAGGGUGUCAAGCUUCCACCGCUGCCGACGGAUGACAUCGACGAUGAUGAGGAAGCAGCUCAUUUGAGUCCAGACACAAAUGGCGGUAGAGGUGGUGGUGGAUGGGGGAUGAAGCUGCCCGCGCUGAUGCGCAAGGCCACGUCGUCCAGUUGUCCAGCGGAUGAAGCGAGGACUGCACUUUCUCCCGAGCCAGCGAGUAGUGCUGCAGCAGGCGGCUCGGGCGCAUCUACGUCCGUCGAAGGCGGCACAGCUGCCAAAAGCAUAGGCUCGAGCUUUGCUGGGUUCAGUAAUCUGUUGAGUCGCAGCGCCCCCUCCGCUGCGGCCACUGCGGCCACCGACACUCCUCAUACCACCGCUUGCACCGCAUCAGCUUCACCUUCAUCUGAAUCCGUCAUGAGCUCUCCCACGGCCGACCAAGUGGCCGCGGCGCAGACGACCACAUUCAAAGGUUUCAACUGGUUCAAGCGCGCCUCUGUGCUAAGUGGAAGCAGCACGCCUCAUGACUCUGCCUCCGCUGGCGUCGCACAUCCCGGUCUGGUAGAGGAAACUGUGCUCUCGCCCCCUUUCCGUUCGCUCGACCAUGACCAGCUGUCCAUCGCGCGCCACAGCACGCUCGCAGACCACGCAUCGGCGCUCAGCAAGCGUCGGUCGAGCUCAAGCUCGCCAUGUUCAUCUGCACCACCCACCACGGCCAACUCGAACUCCAACGCGCUCGCUCUCGCUCUCGCCGCCAAAUUCGGCGAUCACCAACACGCCCAACACGCUGCGCACAUGAUGCAGAAUGCGCAACCCGAGCUUUCCGAUAGAGCUCAACGAGCCGCUCUGAAAACGGGCCAUGUCGAACAUCUUACGGACGUGGUGCCGAGUUUCGAUUGA